AUGUUAACUUUUAAUAUCUAUGAUUUCGGAUUAUUUUAUUUAAAUUUUCUCGUAAUGGAGGGAACAAAAGAAUGACGUGCGACCGUCAUUUCAUUAUUUAAGGUGGGAAGAAAACCUAUGGACAUUUUCCGAGAACUGAAAAGUUUUGGUGUGAGCCGUAACUUCGUGUAUUACACUAUUAAACGAUACCAGGAGACAAGUUCUUUACAUGAUCGGCAAAGAAGUGGUCGUCCACGCUCUGUGAGGACGCUUGCGAACAUUAAAAUCAUCCGAGAGCGACUUCGCCGAAAUCCAUGUCGCACUCAGAAGAAACUUGCUGAGAAAAUCUUUACCGUCGAAGAAAAGUUCAAUCGACAAAACAAUAAAGUGUAUGCCAAAAGUAGCAAGGAUGUCCCACCUUCAGCACGGAAUGUCUCGCGUACUCAUCAUCCGGCUAGUGUCAUGGUAUGGUGGGGAGUUUCGUACGAAGGUGUCACUCAGCUUCAUUUCUGCCAACAAGGCGUCAAGGUGAAAGCCAAAAAUUAUCAAAGUGACAUUCUAGAGACUGUUGUGAAACCCCUGUCUAAUACCCUAUUCCAUAACAAGUAUUGGGUUUUCCAGCAAGACUCGGCGCCAUCCCAUAAGGCUAAAACCACCCAAGCUUGGCUGAAGGAAAAUGUGCCGGCCUUCAUUGCGGCGAACGAAUGGCCCUCCUCCAGCCCCGACCUCAACCCGCUGGUGAUGCUGCUGUCAAAUAUUGAUUCUAUUUCUGCAGCUCGACCCCACAACAAAAUGCCGUACGACAUAAUGCUGUGGAAAUAA